AUGUCUGCCCGCACCAUGAUACGGCGACCAGCAACGGUCCGCACCCUCUCCCACGCAUCCACACGCACUGUAGCACUCCGCCGCCUAGCAACAAUGGCCGACACUAAAAUUGGCACUAUGCCCCCGGGUCACAAAGCCACAGUCGGCCACCUCCAGACCUUCGAACUACCUGAAUCACUAAGCGGAAGUGCCUCCGACAAAGCGUUAGGCAAGAGCAUGAUCGACGCAUGGAAGCGCGACGGCAUACUGCAAAUCUCCAUGGACCCCAUCAACCGUAAGCUCGCCGACGCCGCUUUCCUGACGAGCAAGAAAUUCUUUGCUCUCGACCACAAGAAGAAGGCUGCUUGUCUCGAUGAUCAGAGUUUCGCGGGCUAUAUCGCUUCUGGUGAGGAGAUUACGGACAACAUCGCUGACUACAGUGAGAUCUUCACUGUUACAAAAGAUCUCGCACCGUCUGAUCCCCGGGUUCAACAGAAGUGGCCAUGCCAUGGACCGUGCCCCUGGCCGUUCACGCAGAUGAAAACUAUCAUGCAAGCGUACAUGGAUUACCUCGGCGAGAGUGGCGAGAAGAUGUUGCAACUCAUCGCUUGGGGCCUUGGUCUCAAGGACGGAAAUGCUUUGACAAGGUACACGCAAGAUGGCUGGCACCACAUGCGCGUCCUGCGCUUCCCUCAGGACACUAAAGUCAACGGCAAGGGUAAGGCAGGUCGUGGUAUCGGGUCGCACACUGACUACGGUCUUCUUGUCAUUGCCGCGCAGGACGAUGUAGGCGGUCUUUUCAUCCGCCCUCCCAUCGAAGGCGAGACGUACGCAAACUGGAAAGAGACAGCCGCUGGAAAGAACGAGGAUGCCGAUGGCUGGGUCUACGUCCCACCUGUCCCUGAUGUCUUCACUGUUUUCCCGGGCGAUAUGAUGCAGUACAUCACCAACUCUUUCUUACCCUCUACUCCCCACAAAGUUGGCCUCAACACACGCGAGCGUUUCGCUUUCGCCUACUUCCACGAGCCCAACUUCUCGGCUGUCAUGAAGCCUUUGCCUGGAUUCGAGGCAGGCCAGGAGCCUACUGAGGGUAUUCACUAUGGCACCCAUUUCACCAACAUGUUCAUGCGCAACUACCCGGAGAGAAUCACCGCUGAUAGAAUGAGGGCUGAGGGCAGGAUGGCGUUGUUGGACUCACCCAACCUAAGGUGGAAAGACACACCCGCCAUGGGCCCGCAGGAUGUGGAUGUGGACAGCACUUUCCCCGCGGUUCAGUCUAUGAGCGAGAAGAGAACAUCUGCAUGA